AAAUAUGAAAUAUGAGGGCAAGAAUAUCAGUUUUCUUGCUGAGCUAUGAACAAGAAGAGGAGAAGUUCUUUUAAUCGCUUCCUGGCUAUUAAAUGUAUGUGUUCCAUGGAGGUCGAAAGCUGAUGAAAUAUUCGGAAAUCAGAGGAAGAAACCCCGAAUAUAUAUUUUUUUUAAAAAAAGUAAAAUAGAGGAGGAAACGAGUGAAAGAAAUUGAUCGGAUUCCUCCCGCGAAUUGGCGUUAAAUGGCCGAGUUUCUUGAUUAUUAUGGAUGGGUUACUCUUGAUAUGUUUCGAUUUUUAGAAGAGAAAAAAGAAGAAUAUAUCCAUUUUGGGUUCAUGGUUCACUUGAUACAAUUCGUUGAGAUUUGAUUCCCAAUACUGAAAAUUAUCUCCAUUUUUCUGUAAAAUGAAAGUGGCUUUUCCCCUUAUCUUUUGGAGUUUAAGCGGUGUUAUCAGAAAGAAGAUCCUGUAGCUGUCACAAAGAAUGGCUGGCAAAGCACUGGCAAGCGGGCAUCUUGCUAUCUUCCUAUGCUACUUCCCAACUCAAGUCUGUUAGUUGAGUUUUAUGGCUCUUCCUUUUCUUGAACCACAAAGUGAAGUUGUUCAAACCGAUAGACAUCCUUUGCUGAUGGAGCGGCCCGCCAGCAGUAAUGCACACGAACAUGCCAUUAGUAUAACAAGGGGUGAUGUUGCUUCCACAUCAGUCUCUCAUGAUGGUGAUCACAAUGACUCGGGUGAAUUGCAUUAUGAAGAUGGACCUCCAACGAGAUCACAAGCUCCAACUUCUAGAUCAUCUUCAUCUUUACCCACUGUAUCAAAUUCUAGGAAUGUUUCUUUAAUCAGAAGGGGUGAUCAUCAUGGUCGCCGGCACAGAAGCCCAUUAAAUUCUGGUUUAUGGAUUUCAAUUGAGUUUAUUGUGAAUGUGAGCCAAAUUAUAGCAGCUGUCGUUGUUCUUUCCUUGUCAAGGCAUGAGCAUCCUCAAGCUCCAUUGUUUGCAUGGAUUAUGGGCUAUACUGCAGGAUGUAUUGCUACUCUACCUCAUCUUUAUUGGCGCUACACUCAUUGUAACAAUCAAGGCUCUGAGCAAGAAACGGAACAUUCACAUCAGAGUUCUUCUCAAAAUAACCUUCCUGGGUCAACUUCAUACACUACCAUUUCUUUUAAUCAAGCCUUGGAAGGAGAAAACCACCAUAGUGCUGGAGCAGUCUUGCGAUUUGCACAAAACUGGAUAACUUCUAGCCCAAGGCUCAGUGCACUGGUUGACCAUUAUAAGAUGGCUUUGGAUUGUUUUUUUGCUGUGUGGUUUGUUGUUGGCAAUGUCUGGAUAUUUGGUGGGCACUCAUCUUCAUCUGGUUCUCCCAUCUUGUACUGGUUAUGUAUAGCUUUCCUCACAUUCAGCUGUAUUGGGUAUGCAAUGCCAUUUAUCCUUUGUGCCAUGAUCUGCUGCUGUUUGCCUUGCAUAAUAUCUAUUCUGGGCUUUCAAGAGGAUUUGGGACAGACUGGAGGAGCUACCACUGAGGCGAUUAAUACACUGCCAACCUAUAAGUUUAGGGCAGAGAGAAGCCGAAUCAGAGGAGCUGAAACUAACUCAGAGAACAUAUGUAAUGGUGGGACAGUUGCUUCUGGUACUGACAGGGAGCGAAUUAUUUCUCCUGAGGAUGCUGUUUGCUGUAUAUGCCUUGCAAAUUAUGCAGACAAUGAUGAGCUCCGUGAGCUCCCUUGCUCUCACUUCUUCCACAUGGUGUGUGUGGAUAAAUGGCUCAAAAUCAAUGCCCUUUGUCCCCUUUGCAAGUCUGAGGUAGGGGACACAGCACGUUCAAUCUUUGGUGCACACUUUGGCUGGCGCCACACGGACAGGAGGGUGCGGAGGGGUACAGAUGCCACAACAUCUGCAAUAUAGAUGGGUAAAAAUUUUAUUGAUAGAUCCCCAACUUUUGGUUGGUUGAUCAGGAUUGAGGUUGCUAGCCUUCUGUUUAUAUAUAUAUAUAUAUAUAUAUAUAUUUGCACAGGAGUAGCCAAGCAUGGAUCCACUGCCUUCUUUAGGGGAAAAUGGAUGGUUUUAUAGUCUGAAGAUGUUCUUACGGUAAUAUGCUUCAAGGUUCCUGUUCCUCUGUUAGAUAUGCUGUUCUGUCUCUUUGCAGCUAAGAUAUUACCGGUGGAUGCCAUAGGUUAAGGACAUGACAGUUUAGGCUUGAAAACAUUGGCUAUUAAAGUAUAUGGUGAUGAUCAGUUGACUACGAGUAGAUGGAAAGGUAAUGCAAAUAUUUUGGAAGAUCAGGACAAAUUUCUUGAGGUCCUUUGGUUGUAAGAUGGCAAGAUCGUGCCAACGCAUUAAGCCUGAUUGGAGAUUGAUGGCUCUUGGUGAUAUGCGAUUGCUUCACUCUGAUUGAAGAAGUAAACAGAGGAUUUGAUUUCUAGCAGUUCCCCACACAGUGGAUCGUGGCACAUGUAUUGUGACUUCUAUAGAUGGAUUAGGUCAUGGAGGCAUCUGGCUUUAUAACACAACAGGGUACUUGACGCGUGCAGCUUGAGGGGUUCAUCGUGUUACAGUGUUUGGUGCAUCGCCUGUUGACAGCUUUAUAAGGUUGCGCGCUGCUGAAUGGUUGUUUCUGGGUGGAAGAAAUGGACUAGCAGGUAUAUUUGACCCUCAUAGAAGUUUCUGCAGGCCAGUGAGCAUUUAAUUUGAGAGCUUUUAUUUUAUAUGAUUAACAAUAACGCUUUUAAUUUAGAUUAACAAUAAAACUUACAAUAUGAAAGUUCUCCAGGUCUGCUUUCAUUCAUUGAGAA